AUGGGGAGGUCGCCGUGCUGCGAGCAGGACGCCGACGUGAAGAAGGGGCCGUGGACGCCGGAGGAGGACAAGCUGCUGGUGGACUACAUCCGCAGGAACGGCCAUGGCAGCUGGCGCCGCCUCCCCAAGAACGCCGGCCUCAACCGCUGCGGCAAGAGCUGCCGCCUCCGCUGGACCAACUACCUCCGCCCCGACAUCAAGCGCGGCGACUUCACCGACGACGAGGAGCGCCUCAUCAUCAACCUCCACGCCACCCUCGGCAACAAGUGGUCAUCCAUCGCCACCAAGCUCAAGGGGAGGACGGACAACGAGAUCAAGAACUACUGGAACACGCACCUCCGCAAGAAGCUUCUCAACCAGGGCAUCGACCCCGUCACGCACCGCCCGCGCACCGACCUCCUCGCCGGCCUCCCCAACCUCCUCGCCGCCGCCAACCUCGGGGGCGCCGCCGCCGCCCAGCUACCCUUGGACAUCAACGCCAUCAAGCUCCAGGCCGACGCCGCCAAGUUCCAGAUUCUUCAGGGCCUCGUCCGCGUGCUCGCCUCCGCCACCGCCGCCCCCGCCCCCGCCGCCGCGCCAUCUGCUAUGGACCUCAUGACCAUCCUCGGCGCCAUCACUGGCGCCAACUCCGGUGGGCUACUCGGCCAGCAGCAGCAGCAGCUCUCCAGCGUUGACCUGAGCCGGCUCGGCCAGUACGACGGCAACUACAGCCUGCCGCCGUUGACCAACAGCUGCUCUCCGCAGCAGCAGCAGCCCAUGAGGCCGCCUCCCAUGUCGUCGAGCAUGUCCCUCGACGGCAUGCUCGACCGCCUUGUCAGCGGCACCGGCGUUCCUUCCGGGGACGUCAUGAGCUCGCCGGAGCUUUGCCACGGCGGGGACGGGCUUAGCUCGCCGGCGCUCGGCCAUACACCGGUGGCGACGCCGUCGAUGGUAGCGUCAGAGGAUCAGUGCAAUACACCCGGCGGCGGCGGCGGCAUGACGUCGUGCGAGCAGACGCCGGUGGCGUCGAGCACGUUCGACGGGCUGGCGAGCCUGAACCUUGACGACGUCGACAUCGUCAACAUGGAAGUUUGUUGGACGGACGUGUUGCUAGAGCCACUCCCAGCAUGGUUGAGCAACAGCAACCCAAGUGAUAUGUAUUUUCCAAAAAACAACACGGGUGAGAUGUGAUAAAGAUCAGCUAGGAAGGGAUACAAAAUGGAGAUAUGAAAACAAAAACAAAAGGAGAGAAUUAUUGGAUCGGUUGAUGUCAAGUUUUUAUUUGUUUGUUCACAUCAGAAAAGGUGGUUUGAUCCACUUCUAGUUAUGUAUAGAAAGAAAGAAACACACAUAAGAACAUGAACACUCGAACUCGAUCAGUAGUGUUUUUUUGUUUGUUUAGUUUUAUUAUUUCUUUACAAGAAGGGAAAAUAUAUAUGUAAUGACAGGUAGCUUGGGACAUGAAAUUUUAAAACAUUUUCCUUUUCACUGUCCAAGUGUGACGACUAUUCAGAUAUGUACUUAAUUAAUUGUUGACGCAACAUUUA